GUCUAUGAAUACAUUUUCUAAAUAGUGUAUUUUUUUCAAAAAGUCAUUAUUAUUUAUAGGAGCAUAACAACAACUUCACAAAGUAAGAGAUGUCGGUGAAGGAUACCGCGGGCGCUGAGUCCCCGGACAGCAUCGAAGACAGACUCCCAGCAAUUUAUAGGAAACAGACAGCCUUCAGACUAGCAGGACCUCUCACCUCCUGCAGUGACACCAAGCCUCCAGUCUCAGAGAGACAGAGAGAAGUGCGGACAGCGAUGAGGAAUCCCUUCAAACUCCCAGAAGGCAACAUCUUCCUCCUGAGAAACAAGGAGAAUGAACAGAGGAAGCUGGAGCACCAGCGGCAGCAGAUACUGAAGGUCCAUGAGAAGUCCACCUACGCUGGGAGGAUACAAGCCAAGCAGGCUAACCUGAGGCAGGAGCUGAGGCAGGGGCAGGAUGAGAUGUACCCCACCUCCAGCAGCAAGGCUGUGUCCACCCUCAGGGAUGAUCCGGCAUGGAGGAAAGCUGCCAUCCUGAGGAAACAGACAGCCUUCAGACUAGCAGGACCUCUCACCUCCUGCAGUGACACCAAGCCUCCAGUCUCAGAGAGACAGAGAGAAGUGCGGACAGCGAUGAGGAACCCCUCCAAACUCCCAGCAGACAACAUCUUCCUCCUGAGAAACAAGGAGAAUGAACAGAGGAAGCUGGAGCACCAGCGGCAGCAGAUACUGAAGGACCAUGAGAAGUCCACCUACGCUGGGAGGAUACAAGCCAAGCAGGCUAACCUGAGGCAGGAGCUGAGGCAGGGGCAGGAUGAGAUGUACCCCACCUCCAGCAGCAAGGCUGUGUCCACCCUCAGGGAUGAUCCGGCAUGGAGGAAAGCUGCCGUCCUGAAUUCCAAUGACAGGGAGAAUAUUAGUGAGUACAUCACCAAGAAGAGAGAGAUGUUUCUCACUGAGUACUCCCUGGCUGUGAAGAGGGAGGUGAUUCACAAGAUGGCCGAGGUUGCCACCAAAGAGGAGAACAGGAUGCAGCAGGCAGAGACAUUUCUAGACGAGGACACAGCCAUGUUUGACGGGUUCCUCGAGGAGAAUGACAAGAACUCCGUGGAGGCAAUCAAAGGUGCUGAACACGAGACCAAAGCCAAACUGGAGAAGGUUGCAGAGAUCAAGAGGAUCUCAGGCAAAAUGCUGGCAGUGAAAAGUGACAUUGUCAAGAACGAGGAGAUCCUGAAGGAGUUCACCCUGUACAAUGGCUUCCUGCUGAAGCUGUCCCCUAAAGACUGGCAGGAAAGACAGAAGGCUCGCAGGGCCAUGGUGGACAAGAUCAAAGCUGCCAUCAAGGAGAGGGAGGCUCAGCGAGCCGAGCCAGUCAAACCCGGCAGACGCAGAGUGAAUAUGGCCAGGGACCUGCCUCCUGUGUGUGACCCCAGGACUCCCCAGAGACAGAGUAUGAUGAGAACCAAAGAGAGCAUCAAGCGGUUGUGUUUUAGGAAGAAGGUUACAGUACCGGUGGAUGAGAGCAAACUGCCUGAAUAUGAGGAACCGGAACUGUACUUCACUGACCCUCAGCAGCUGUUGGACCUGCUGGCAGACCUGGAGAAGCAGAACCUGAUCCUGAUCCAGAACUCCAGAGAGACAGAGGAGACCAUGGAGGAGUUCAACCACACUAUGGACAACACCCUCAAAAAGAUGGACCAGGAGACAGAGCAGCUGACCCAGCAGAUAGACGUAAUUGUCCAUGCCAUCCAGAGAGAGAAGGACAUGGCUGCAGAGCUGGAGCUCAAAUCACGACUCUUCUCCUUUGGGAAAUACAAGGCAGACGACCAGGAUGUGAUGCUGGAGGCCCUGGGCAGGAAGGUGGCCGAGGUGUACAGGAGCUACGUGGGGAAGAGUGGGGCCAACCUGACCAUGCUGCAGAUGCUGACCAACAUUGAGGGCCGCAUGGGGGAGCUGCUGGAGAACAUGGAGCUGGUUCCGAAGGACCGCAUGCACAUGGCCGAGAGGGCCAGGGAGAAGGAGAGGAGACGCAGGCUAAGGGAGGAGAAGGUUUGUGUGCAGAAGAUGCAGCAAGAGGAGCGCCUGCGUAAAGCCCUGGCGAGAGCUCAGAGAGACACCAAGAGACCUACUGGGAAGAAGCUGAUGCCUCGCUCACUACCUCCGGUGACUGAGCGGUUGGUGAACAAUGAUGAUGGAGACAUUGACAUGGAGAUGGAGAAACAGCUCUACUUCUUCACCUGAACCCACUAUCCCCUCCAGCCUACACCAUGGCCCCUGAUAGAUCUUCAGUAGUUGAUGUUUUCUAAAUGUGUUCUGUAGGCCCUUGUUAAAUCCAAAUUAAAUUGUCGGUAUGUGCAGAUUA